UUUAUCUAACCGAGCGCCCUCAUCUGGUCGAUCAGCCUACCAUGUACCAGCAUGCAACGCACUAGCAUUUUAGAAAAAAAACGUGUGAAACUUAACUGCACAUGGCGCAGCGGAUUGCAUUGGUAACUGGAGCCAACAAGGGCAUUGGUUUUGCCAUUGUGAGGGCGCUGUGCAAGCAGCUGGACAAUGGAAUCGUCUACCUGACUGCCAGGAACGAGGAGAGGGGGAGGGAGGCCGUGGCCAGACUCAAUCAGGAGGGGCUCCAGCCUAAGUAUCACCAGUUGGACGUUACGGACCGUGUCAGCGUGAAGAAGCUGAGAGAUUUCCUGAAGGAGACGCACGGCGGCUUGGAUGUACUGGUCAACAAUGCUGGAAUACCCUUCAAGAGGAGCUCUCCUGAUUCGUUUGGCACUCAGGCAUCCGUAGUCAUGGCAACCAACUUCACCGCCCUGUUAGAAGUGAGCAGAGCACUCAUUCCACUGGUUCGUUCCCACGGAAGAAUCGUCAACAUGGCCAGCACAGUUGGGCGGCAUGUCUACAGCGAGAUGAGUGAAGAGGUCAAAGGUCGUUUCCAGGCCAUCAAGACAGAGCAGGAUGUUGAGCUGCUCAUGAAGGAAUUUCUGGAACAUGCUAAUGCCGGGGAUCAUAUGAGGAAAGGCUGGCCCAACUCGGCCUAUGGCACAAGCAAGAUGGGGGUCAUUGCACUUACCCGGGUGCAAGCUGCUGACGUCACCAAGGACAAAACAAAGGAAGACGUUCUCCUUACAUGUUGUUGCCCAGGUUACGUGGCUACAGAUUUGACCGAUCAUAAGGGGCCCUUGACGGUUGAAGAAGGGGCUGUUACACCCGUCUUCUGCGCCCUGCUUCCGCCAGGCUCGAAAGACCUUAAUGGAAAGAUGCUUUACCAAAAGUCUGUUUUGGAUUUCUGGUAGCUCGAGAACUAGACUCACCUCCACUUGUAGAAAAACAGUGAACUAGAAGAAUAAUUUGAUUUCCAGUUUUUAUCACAAAAUGGACCACAAGCUCUCAAGAUACCUGGUAAUAAUUGUUGCAAAUUGUCUUCAUCAUGGACAAACUUUUAACCACCCCCAUGAUUUCCUCUUUGAAAGUAUCCUUGCCCAAAUUGAAAGAGGGUUGUCUUGUUGAACUGGUCCUCAAAGUUAACGUUAUUUCCUUCUUAAAGCUAGAAAUGGUGGUGAAAUUUAAUUUAUAUGUUACUUGUCAUGAGGUUUAAUUUAUGCAUUUAUGAAUUGGAAAUUGCUUGAACAUUUAAUAGAAGAGUUAUGGCGAGAUUUUUACCUGAAGAUGUAUCUUUAUACAAGUAAGCUGUUUUUUGAAGAUGUGUGAUAACAAGCAAAAUGCUUGAUAAUAUAAAUUUUUAGUGCAUUAAUUAGGUACAUUUUGCCACUUCGUUAAGAAGACAAGUGCCGUGAGGUAUGUGCUCAUGCAGCAUAUUACAGUGACAAAAAGCUUUACAUGGUAAUAAACCCUUUGAUAUUGAAAACA